GCGGGCCCGCCCCCGCCGCGAUCAGCGGUGUCUCUCGCGAGCGGCGGCCGCCUCCUCAGAGCUGCGGGUCGGCCUGGAGCGAGCAGGGUCGCCCGGCGCUCGCUCGCUCGCUCUCUUCCUCCGCAGCCCGGCCGGGCGGCCAUGGCGGCGCGACGACGGCGGCGGCCCACGGCUGGCGUGGGAGCCCGGGACACGCUCACGCUGCUGGCGCUGGCCUUGUGCGCCCCCGGGGUGGGUGGCGGGGCGCUCGAGUGGUACUCGGCCGUGGUGAGCAUCGAGUACGUGGACCCGCAGUCGAACAUGACGGUGUGGAGCGUGUCCGAGAGCGGCCGCUUCGGCGAUAGCUCGCCCCGGGAGGACAGGCAGGGCCUGGUGGGCGUCCCGCGCGCCGAGGGGGACAAGGAGGGCUGCGCGCCCGACACGCGCUUCGUGGCGCCCGGCAGCCUGGGCGCCGCGCCCUGGGUCGCGCUGGUGGCGCGCGGCGGCUGCACCUUCAAGGACAAGGUGCUGGCGGCGGCGCGGAGGAACGCCUCGGCGGUGGUGGUGUACAACCUGGAGCGCCACGGGAACGCCACCGAGCCCAUGUCGCACGCGGGGACAGGAAAGACAGUCGUCAUUAUGAUUAGCUACCCAAAAGGACGAGAAAUUUUUGAGCUGGUGCAAAAAGGAAUUCCAGUAAAAAUGAGCAUAGCAAUUGGUACCCGUCAUAUGCAAGAAUUCAUCAGUGGUCAGUCUGUGGUGUUUGUGGCCAUUGCUUUCAUCACGAUGAUGAUUAUCUCAUUAGCAUGGCUAAUAUUCUAUUAUAUACAGCGUUUCCUAUAUACUGGCUCACAGUUUGGAAGUCAGAAUCAUAGAAAGGAAACUAAGAAAGUUAUUGGCCAGCUUCCACUACAUACUGUAAAGCAUGGAGAGAAGGGAAUUGAUAUUGAUGCUGAGAAUUGUGCAGUGUGUAUUGAAAACUUUAAAGUAAAGGAUGUUAUCAGAAUCCUGCCAUGCAAGCAUAUUUUUCAUAGAAUAUGCAUUGACCCAUGGCUUUUGGAUCACCGAACGUGUCCAAUGUGUAAACUUGAUGUCAUCAAAGCCCUGGGAUAUUGGGGGGACCCUGAGGAUCCACAGGAGUUACCCAUUCCAGAAGCUGCUCCGGGAAGUGUUUCUGUUGGGAAUCUGAGUAUGACAUCCCACAAUGAGGACAGGAGUGGGGAAAGCAACCUUCCGUCAUCUUCCUCAAGUGAGUCUGGGCCACACCGCCCCUGCUUCAAAGAAGAUGCCGGGGAAGACACAGCGUUACUAGGAGCCUGCAGGAAUGACCCUCAGCAUGGAGGAGCCAUCUGCUAGCACACAGCCUCCCUGACAGCCUCACCGAUACAGCCUUGGCUUGAACUACAGGACAUUUAAUUUUUUACUCUAGGGCAUAGUUUGUAUACUUGAAAACAGUGGAUAUUAUUUUACUUUACCUUUCAGAUUCAGAUUUGAUACAAAGGGCUGAGAUAUUUUAUUCCUAAGAGGACUUUUAAUUAGCCUUCAUCUAUUUAUCUACUAAAGUAUGAUGUAUAUCAUAAAUUUUGUUGUGUCAGACUGUCACAGAUGUGGGGGUGGUAAUAUUUCUGAGUACUAGACUAGCUUCUGUGGUACUAUUAAACGAAAUUCUGUUUCUAAGUUAAAGUAGAAUUGUGUAAUAUAAUUCAGUAAUUGAUCAAAUGGACAUUCCCUGAAGCAGACUCUUUAGAACUUGUAAACUGAGAAAUCUUGCCAUGGGCAGUGCAGUGGUGCAUGCCUGUAAACCCAGCACUCAGGAGGCUGAGGCAAGAGGAUUUUGAGUUGAAGCCAAAAAGAAGGGACUGAGGGGAAAGAGAAAAUCAACUAACUGUCUUGCACUAUUAUUAGUCCAUAGAGACUUCAAAACCAAGCAUAACUUUUUAUUGUUUGGAAUUGUGAAAAGAAUACUGGUUGAUUUUAUGAUUUGCAUUUUUAUCUUUAUUGCCUAUUUUCUUUUGACACUUGGAAGGAGAAAAAAAAUUAUCUGUGUUUUUCCACACACACACAAAAUGGCAGGAAUGCCAUAUUGCACAUUAAAAGUAUUAAAAUAUUGAUUCAUUAAGAAAAUCAAGGCCGGGCGGUGGUGGCGCACGCCUUUAAUCCCAGCACUCGGGAGGCAGAGCCAGGCGGAUCUCUGUGAGUUCGAGGCCAGCCUGGGCUACCAAGUGAGUCCCAGGAAAGGCGCAAAGCUACACAAAGAAACCCUGUCUCGAAAAACCAAAAAAAAAAAAAAAAAAAAAAAGAAAAUCAAGUAAGCAUACUGUGAUGUUUUUAAAUGAUUAGUAUAUUUCAGUGGACCUAAUCUUUAUAAUUAAAACAAUUUAAAUUAAAAUUUUUGAUUUUUGUUGUUAGACUAAAAUAACAUUUUCCUAAUGAGAUUUUAAAACAGUUCAAUACUUUAUUCGUCUUUCCUCUGCUUGAUGUUCCCACAGAUAAAGCCCUUGAAGGUUGUUGUCUGAGUUCUUUAGAGUGGUCAAAUACUUUAGAGUAGGAGUCCUUUGUUGAUCCCAAACUUGUGUUAUAUGUCUACUUUGUAGACAAAAAUAAAUGCUUAGUAACAAAAAAAAAUUUAUGUAACAAAUUUUAUUUAGCAUAAUCAGUCCCAACAUUCAGCACAAAAAGUUUACAGAGGAUAAAAAGUGUAUUAAUAAAAGCCAGUCUUUACCCAAAGGAUACAGAAAAUAUAUUGAUUCAAAAUACUUUACACUUCAGUGGUAAACUGAGAGUGUUUUUUGUUUUGUUUUUUAAGUUUAUUUUGUGUGUAUGGGUACUUUCCCUGUAUGUCUGUCUGUGCACCAUCUGCAUGCCUAGUACCAGAAGAGGCCAGAAGAGGGCAUCGGAUCUGUUGGAACUGGAAUUACAGAAGGUCAUGAGGUGCCUUGUGGGUUCUGGGUAUUGAACCUGAGUUCUCUGACCACUGAGCCAUCUCUGCAGCCCAAGAAAAGACUUUUACGAAGUGUUUCUGGCUGACACAAGUCAGUAGAGGUCACUGACCCACAGUCUUUCUUGCCUUUUGCAUUAACGUCCUCAGCUGGCAUUACUUACAGGACAGGAGACAACCAUGAGUCAGGAACAUAUCCAGGUCUAUUACUCUCCACUUCGAGGCUUCCACCGGUAAAAGAUAAGUAUCUUCAUAGCAUUUCCUCUGCAUACAGAUUCAGGAAUAACUUCAUCAAUAUCAUUUUCAGAUUUAUUUUCCAUUUUCUCCAGAGUAAAAUUUAAUUAUCUUUCUUCACGAGUUCUGUUUUGAUUAACUUCAGCUAUUUCUUAAUCUAAAUGGGUGACCAUUUCUUCUAGUUCCCAGUGAUCUGUUGUGCUCUUUGUUUCAAAGCAUUGAGCCCUACCUAGGUGUGAUCCAUUUCCUCCACCUGCCAUCUCAGUUUGUCACUGACUGUUGAGAGAUGCUCCAGUAGUGUCCUUACUGAUUAUAUCAUCUCUGACCACAGGAUCCUGGAAAGCAUACUAGGAAUGUGGCAGGGUAUGGACCACCUGGUGGGUAAGGACAGCUAGGGUAACCACUGGGAUUAGGGAGAGAGGUAUCCAAAUGGGUAUAGAAAUUCUCCCUGGCAUGCCUGGCAUGUAGGUCUUUGGUGGUCCUGUUUUUAGGUACAGUGAAAGGAUGUAGAAAUGGUAGGAUGGAGAACAUUGAAAAGAUCCUUCUCUAAACACUGCAGUCGUGACCUGAAUAAGCUUCAACAGUCUGACUGUAAGUGUUUCUUUUCAUGUAGGUAUGGAAGGUAGAUCUUCCCAUUUUGAACUACAUGCUUUCUGUUUCGGUAGUCACUGAACUAGUGGGCUUAACAAAAUGGGAUGGUGUCUGUAUCCAGCAACCAUAGGUAUAUUGGAAUAUUACACAUACUGCUUCCAUAAUAACAGGAAUUGUUCUGGUAAGGUUCAUUAGUUCCCUGGAACUGCCAUCAUUUAAAAAAUGAGUCCAGUACAAUUUUGGGAUCUUUGUAUAGAGUAAUAACUGACAGAUUCACAUACAGAUAUGUGUUUAUAUAUGGACACCAUCUCCUACAGCUGGCUGUGGGACAGCACCAUGGCACUCUACACCUCCAUCUUCAUAGGCAGAGCAUCAACAUCCAGAGAAAUGCAGAGGCUAUCCCAAGCCAGCACCAAGAAAAUAGAAUUUUAAAGGCUAAAUUUAUUCUUAAGGCCAUAUCUAAGACAUGAAAGCUUUUUUUACAGUUCGAUUCUAGCUACUCAGUAAAAUAUGUGGUGAAUUUUACUGAAAGAAAUGUACAACCAGAUUAAUAUGAGCUGUUGAAGUAGAAAAACCUCUUAUUUUGAGCACUUAUUAAGAGUCUCAAAGUUGGUUUUACAAGUUCUCACUGAACCUCUCUCUCUGUGUGGUCAGUGCAGACAGGAAAUACGAAUUUUUUUUUUUUAAAAGAUUUAUUAUGUAUACAGCAUGUAUGACUGCAGGUCAGAAGAGGGCACCAGAUCUCAUUACAGAUGGUUUUGAGCCACCAUGUGGUUGCUGGGAAUUGAACUCAGGACCUCUGGAAGAGCAGUCAGUGCUCUUAACCUCUGAGCCAUCUCUCCAGCCCCAAAAUAUGAAUUCUUUAUCACAUAGAUUAGUGCUGUCUUUUAAGACAUGCCAGGGAAAAUGCUGUAAUCAUUCUAACAGCGGAUGAAGCUGGCUUUUACAAAGGAUAUUGUGAUAGAGCAAGGUAAAUUGUUUUUAAUCAUUUAACCAUUACUGAAGCAUUUUUUAAGGCAGGGUCUCAUUGUUUAAUCCAAUCUGAGUUUGCAUUCACCAUCCUUCUGCCUCAGCUUUCCCAGUGGUGAGAUUACAAGCAUGUGGACCACUUCUGACUCUGAAGAGUGUUUUGAAGAUUGGAGGCUGUGGUUGAAAGAGGCAGUGUCCAUGACACAGAACAUUGUUUGCUGUGUUCCUGCUCUCUCCUGGCUUUUCACUGUACAGUGUUGAUUGGUAUUUCGACUCUCAGCAGAAAACCAGAGUUGGGACCACAUGUUCUCACUUGGCAGGUAAUUGUUUCUCACAUUGCUGAACUGAUUGGGGUCUUGAACCUUUCUUUCCAAUGGCUGCUGAGGAAUGAUGACAAUAAAAGGCCGAAUUGCAGUGUCUCCAUCAACAGUUUGCUCUCUGUGUGGGCACACGAUGACAAAACCUCCUGAAGCGAAUCACUGUCUGACCUCAGUAAUGCCAGGGUGGAAGCUUCCUGCCUGUGGUCAACUUCCCACACUAAGAAAAAUAAUCAGUGUCUUAGACUAACUACCUUGACCAAACAGCAUCAGUGUACCUUUAAACACAUUUAUCAAAUCAAGGACUGCUAGAAUUGUAAAAGUAAUAGUAGCCCUUCCCGAAUAAGAUAGCUAAAUUGGGCAGCAGUGUCCUUGGGGCAAGUUGAUAUUAUUUGCUCAAGGAAGGAUAAGGUUUAAUCAGUGUGUCUCUAUUAUUAGCUGGAACUUGAGGACAUUGUUUUAGACAAAAGUAGUUUGUACAGAUCAGGAAAAUAUUGCUUUGUCAUUUCCUAAGCACUAGGUGUUGGUCUGAAGCAGAGAUGGCUUUGUGGUUUACUGCGAUUGUGCUUCUCUGAUGAGACACUGCAUUAGAAAAGCCACCUGUGACUCUUCUCAGCUCAGUCUUGCUUCUAUAGCCUUAGAAACAUUUGUCAAGGUUUCAUUCCCAAAUAGUUGUAGAUGAAUCCUCAUUAUAGUAGUGUCUGCCAUGCAGCCAGCCACCUGCCUCAGUGAAGUCUAGAACAAAAUCAUGAGUUGAAGUAUCUGUGCCUGUUCAUUUGAAAAUAUGACGAACAAAAGUCCAUCUUUCUGACAAAUGGUAGGUUAUGUGCUGGGCUGAUGAAAAGGUUGAGAAAAGCAGUAUUUUCUGUGGGCCCAUUAUAGUUACCAAAUCUCAAGCUUCUGUCUAAUGUUCCUAAUAUAGACAGUAGUAGUUACAGAAAAAGAGCAAGAUGAAAUUAAAUUAGCAGUCUUAGUAAGCAGUUGCUAAGAUUUGAUGAAUGUAUGAAACCUUUUUCCUAAUUACUAAUUUCUCAGAUAAAUACUCUAGUUACCAAGAGCUACUCAAAAUAUUGUGUAGACUGUCUCAUAGACUCUGAGAUCCACAAUUACUAUGGAAAUGUUAACUAAAAUAUAUUAAGUGUGCUACUUAAAAUUAGGUGUAAAUAAGAAUGUGCCCUAUAAACUUAGUGAUCUUAUUUCUGUAAAGUUGAUUCAAUGCUAUUGAGAAUUAUUUAAGUGGUUGUAUUUUGGGAUUCCAAAAUGUGUUUUUAAAAAACUACUACUACUCUUAAAAUGUUACUGACUAGUGUUUUGUUUUGUUUUUUCUGAACAGGUGAUUUGAAGAUUUAAGUUGAACUAAAAAAAAAUCUUGAAUUUUAACCUAUGUUAAAUUAAACUAGUUUAAUUACA